CAAAACCAGAAACGUAUAAGAAAAAGAUAGGUUAUGUAUGCAAAAACGUGGUCACUGUUUAAGAUGUCAGAAAAUAUUGUUAUCACUACUGUCUGUCUAUUUAUUAUUAUUUAACAAGUUUUACCAAAAAUUUUAUUGUGCCUCCACAAAAAAGUACAAUGUCUACAAAUUUAAGAAAGGAAUUGUCAAAGGUGAAGAAGCUUUCUCAUCCAAAUAGUAGGAAGUCAAUAGCGCUUGUCAAGAAAACUCACAAAAUAAAUAAACGUGAAAAAACGAAACUUGGUUCGUACAUAAAGCAAAAUUUGGUGGCUGAGAAAAUGUUAUGGAUUCAACAGAAUAUGAAGGAUGUUUGUCCUUAUACUACAGAAUUGACAGCAGAAUUAUUAUUAGAAUACAUAGCACGAAAUGAUGAAGAACUGGAGCAAAUAGCAUUAAAACAUUCAAUUGGAGGAAAAAGAAAUAGACAACAUGCAAGUAGAGAAGAUAUUCUUCGAAUGACAAAGGAACGUGAAUUAGAAGAAUAUAAAACAUGUGGAAUUGAAAUUCCUGAUAUACUAACAACAAGCCAAUGUGAAAUGUUGAAGAAAUGGGAUGGCGAAUUACGCUAUCUACCAAAUUUCAAAUUUCGAAGAUUUGGACAAAAAGAUUUAACAAGAGAUUAUUUAAGUAGAAUAAAAAAGAAUGUAAAUAGUAAAUUAGUAUUAAAAACUAAUGAUAUUUCAAGAGAAGAAGAAUUAUUAUCUACUGAGACAAAGAAUGCAGAAAAUGCAGAAAAUUCUAGGAUAGAGAUGAAUAAAGAUGAGAAAUCGAAUGUUAGUACUUUGGAAAAUGAUAGUGACAUGAUAGUGGAAUAAAAAAAAAUAUUUU